CCAGCAGUCAGACCGAGAAACGCAGCAGAGUAACAAAACACAAACAUGGCGUCUACUCGCUGCCAUACACACUAGCGCUGGACAGAAACAAAGUUUCCAGCGGUAAAGAAGAGUGCGCGCACAUCAAGCGCGCGUUUUAUUCUCGCUAGAGAAGGAGAGUGCGGGGCGAAAACUGCAACUUGCCUACAUGUCAACGUCUUUCCCAUAGAGGACUGAACAGCUGGCCCGUCCAGCCAUGAUUGAGGAUAAGGGUCACCGUGUGACGGACUACUUCGUCGUGGCUGGCCUGACGGACAAAUCCACACCAUUAGAGCAGGAUCUGUCCGAAGCCAAAUCCAGUGGACCAAAGGCACCCAUCAUAGACCUAGCUGUCAUCAACAAGUCAGUAGGAGAAACCGUACCUGAGGGGUUCACCUGCAUCGAGAGCACCUACAGCGGCCAGCCAGCCAAUCUGAACCAUGGCAGCCUCAAAAGCCCUGAACUCUUUCUGUGCUACAAGAGGGGUCAUGGAAAACCCCCACUGAUUGACAUUGGGGUUCUGUAUGAGGGCAAAGAGCGUCUCAUUCAGGGUUGUGAGGUCAUCCAGGCCACACCGUUUGGACGCUGCGCAAAUGUCAACAACAGCUCCGCCACGUCCCAGCGCAUCUUCAUCACGUUCCGACGCGCGCCACCCGUCCAGCCUCAAAACUCGCUGGCGGUCACAGACAUCUGUGUCAUCAUCACGAACAAGGGUGAAAUUCCUCCUCAUACCUUCUGCAAGGUGGACAAGAACCUCAACUGUGGCAUGUGGGGAUCAAGUGUGUUUUUAUGUUACAAGAAGUCUGUGUCUGCCUCAAAUUCCAUCGCCUAUAAAGCUGGUUUGAUCUUUCGGUAUCCAGAAGAAGAUUAUGAGUCAUUUCCCCUCUCUGAGUCUGUGCCCCUCUUCUGUCUUCCUAUGGGAGCCAAAAUUGAGUGUUGGGCACCUAACACACGCUACCCUUUACCUGUCUUCUCCACAUUUGUCCUGACAAACUCCAUGGGAGAGAAGGUUUACGGAGCUGGAAUUCAGUUUUAUGAGCCAUACUCUAUAGAGGGUCUUAGCGAAAGACAGAAGAUUCAGCUGGGUCUGCUCACGGCUGUGAAUAAGGAGGUCAUACCUAACCGUACGGUCAACACCAACAAGUGCAUCUGCGUGCUGUCUCGCUGGCCUUUCUUUGAGUCCUUCAGGAAGUUCCUCAUGUUUCUUUACAAGCUGUCUGCCAAUGGAGUCAACCCUCUGCCCAUUGAGAAGCACAUUUCCCACUUCAUGCACAAUGUCUCCUUCCCCUCUCCCCAAAGGCCCAGAAUACUUGUGCAGCUGUCGGCGCAUGACACCCUUAUCCUGUCCCAACCUGUUUGUACACCUUUACCACUAAGUGGAGCAGAUUACAGGACUCUGCUCAUGAACCUGGGCCCAGAAAACUGUGCCACGUUGUUACACUUUGUGCUACUAGAAAACAAGAUCCUGCUUCACUCUCUCAGACCAGCCGUGCUGACCGGAGUGGCUGAGGCCGUGGUGGCAAUGAUCUUUCCAUUCCAGUGGCAGUGUCCAUAUAUCCCUCUGUGUCCUCUCUCUCUGGCGGGGGUCCUCAACGCACCAUUACCCUUUAUUGUGGGUGUGGAUUCGAGAUACUUUGACCUCUAUGAUCCCCCACCUGACGUGGUCUGUGUGGAUUUGGACACCAACACUAUUUACUUGUCUGAUGAAAAACGACACAGUAACUGGAAGAACCUUCCAAAAAAGCCCUGCAAGAGUCUCAUCAGCUCCCUGGGGAACCUGUACCGUCAGCUUGCCACUGUUCGGCGGGCGGCGCAAGAAGAAUCUGCGGUGGAGAUGACCCCUAUCGAGGCAGACUUCACCUGGCACAAGAAAAAAACUGAACUAGAGAUGGAAAUCCAAGAAGCUUUCCUACGCUUCAUGGCCACCAUACUGAAGGGCUACCGAAGCUACCUCAAACCCAUCACACAGGCACCUUCUGAGAAAGCUACCGCUGCUGAUUCACUCUACGACCUGCAAGGAUUCCUAAAGAGUCGAGAUCGAGCUCACCAGAAGUUUUAUUCUCAACUCACCAAGACUCAGAUCUUCAUCCGCUUCGUUGAGGAAUGCACUUUCGUCAGUGACAAAGACACUGGUCUGGCCUUCUUUGAUGACUGCAUUGAUAAACUUUUUCCUUCCGACAAAGGAGCGGAGAAGGGCACAAAGGUCGAAGGGGAGUCUGCCGAGGACACCAGGCUGAUGGAAUUAGAUGAGUCACUGAAAAGCGAGCAUACGGUCUUUGUCAUGCCCCCUGAACCCCCUCCAGAAGAUGGGCCCGACCCCCCUGCAAAAUACAGUUAUAAGACAUUCCCACGUUUACGGUUGGAGCUGUUUGAUCGUCCAAGAGAGCUGAGGCCAGCGCUGAGCACCAGAGCCGCAGGGGCGAGUUUGUCCAGUAGCCCCGCCCUGCUGGCCAAGAGAACCAAACAGGAAAUCAAAAUGGCCUACAAGUUGGCUAAGCGUUUCUACUCCAUUCCACCCCAGUGGGCAAAGUGUCUGUUUAGUCACUGCUACAGUCUGUGGUUCAUCUGUCUUCCUGCUGGCAUGCGCACAGCCCAGUCCAAACCCCGUGCCAUGCAACAGGCCUUCAACGUCCUGCUCAAGAUGAGGAGCACCGAGGUGGAGGUCCUAGAUGAGGUGUGUUAUCGCGUGGUGAUGCAGUUGUGUGGUCUGUGGGGAAUGCCGGUCAUGGCUGUGCGUGUCUUAAUGGAAAUGAAGAAGGCUGGAGUUCAACCAAAUGCUAUUACUUAUGGAUACUACAACAAGGCUGUUCUGGAAAGUCCUUGGCCAAGUCGUAACCGCAGUGGACUCUUCAUGUGGACCAAAAUGCGAAAUCUGGUGCGAGGAGUGGUGCAGUUUAAACAGGCACUGCGUGGGACAGCCCUCCAUAAAGGACCUUCUUUGUUAACCACAGAUGUCCCUGCAGGUAAAGCAGCAGGUUCUGAUGGAGACCGACUCAGUCACGGCAGUGCGGACAGCACAAAUGAGACUGAACACACGCUCUUCUCGCGAAACCUUAUCGUUGAGGAAACGAUUGACUGUCACUACAGUACAGGUGGUCAGUCUGAUCAGGGUUAUGGAUCUAAGGAUGACCUGCCACAGGACCCAUCAGAUGCAUCUUUAAUCUCUCCUCCCCUGUCCAGUGACUACACUAGCAAUAGCAAAGCUGCUAAGACCCAAGAGAAUGGGGUUGAUAUGGCUAGUUCUGUGGAUAGUGUUGUGGCUGUGACUGAACCCCCCAGCCCUGCUGAGAUAGCGCCCCCUGUUGCCAGCAUUGUUAAACUGUCCACUGGAAGCCUGGACAGCAGUACAGGCAGAGGAGAAACUGCAGGGGUUUGCACAGGCAAACUCUUCAUGCCCCGCAAAAGGAGUGAAGACGUGGAGACUGAUUCUUCAAACCCAGGCGCUGUUAUGCAGACCGGACAGCAGCAGAGAGUAAAAGCCUUUGCGGAGCGCAGCUGCAGUUUUAGCUUAGAGACCAAAGCCGGCAUGCUUCAAAAGAAAGGCAGCAUGGAGCUCAGUGUAGAUAAUAUGGGUGCCGAUGCAAAAAUUCUUGCUGCUGCUUUCCCCGGAAGUCUGACGCCUCCACCUUCCUCGACCAUCUCUUCAUUUAAAGAGUUUAAGAUGGAGCCUACAAUAAACCCCUCUCUCCAGGAGGAGGAACAUGAAGAUAAGCCAGAUAACAUUCACGAAACACCGAGUUCUGAAGAACAUGAAGAGGUGAAUGCGUCAACACCUCAAGGAAUUGACGGACUUGGGCGGAGCAUAAGUGGUGGCUCCACCUCAUCUAAAGUCGUAGAAAGGGCGGAUGUUGAAGCGGGGGCGGACCCUCUAUCGGUUUUUGCCUCGGAAACCGAAGACGCGGCAUCCAUUCAGAGCCAGGAUUCUACCCGGGCCUUUCCGCCGGUGGUGUCACGAAAACUCGCUGAUGAGAUCGAGAUGUACCUGAAUCUCAAAACCCCGCUGGGAGCGAAAUCCCCCAGCAUGGAGUUACAACCAGGAGCAAACCGUGAUCCAAGCGAAUGCCCGGAUUCUCCAGCAGUAAAGCAGACUUUGGAAAGAAGAUCGAGCCUUCCAGCUGGUCCGGUCAAAGUGCCCAACGUACCGGAUACUCCGAAACGUAGCCCUGCCGUCACACGCUCGAAGACCUUCGCUGUCAAGUCAGCCAAGUCCCCAGGCUCUGCAGGUCAAAGGUCAUCAUCACUGUCCGCACUAGUAAAGCCUUCACCGAGCAGCUCCUUGGGGACCAUGAUCAACAGUAUAUCAGGCAUCAAGAUGGACAACCUGCUCACAGGACCUAAAGUAGACAUGCUGAAGUCAGGCAUGAAGCAGGCGGCCAAUGUGGCCAGUAAGAUGUGGGACGCCGUGGCCUCAGCGUACUCGUACUCAGAUGAUGAGGAUGAAAACACCCAACCACGAGACAGUUUCCCAGCCCGGUUUGAAGAGCAGCUGCUAUCUUCAGAGGUGACCGGAGACAACCCAUUACCCAGAGGCCUCAUGCCCAGUCUGGCCUUAAACGGGCUCACGCGCAGUAAUACCAGCCUGGGCAGCAGCAGUGGAAGCAGUGACACCGGACGUCCGCAGCAUCCACCGCCUUUGACUCCAGGUCGGUCAAUGAGAAGCGGAGACUCGGAAAGGUCUGAACAUAGUUCCUCUCAUAACGCCAGCACCUCCAGCAUUUACCAGAACUGUGCUUUAGAGGUUCUGAUGUCCAGCUGUUCUCAGUGCCGCUCCUGUGAAGCUCUGGUAUAUGAUGAGGAGAUCAUGGCAGGCUGGACGGCAGAUGACUCAAACCUCAACUCCACGUGUCCUUUCUGCCAAAUCUCUUUUCUCCCUUUGCUUCACGUGGAGUUCCAUGACCUGCGUGCCACACCAGGCUUCUAUUUGAAGAGUACAUCGGGAGACAGCAUCCACAGCUCCAGCACACAGCCGGCCACUUCAGGCUCUUCAGAAGUUAAAGUAGGCAGUCCUGGUGAGCCUUCUAGUCUAAUGAGUUUCCCAGAAUCCCCUGAGGACAGGGAGAAUCCUUUGGGGAUGCCCAUCCAAACUGGAACUCCAAAGAUCUUUGUACCCGAGCCAGUAAAUUCAGACCCACUGGGUCUAAUGGAAAGACAAGCCGAGAAGCGCAACACCUCUUUAACCCGGAGCAACAGUGUGGGUGGCCCGCUGCAGAGCCUGGACUCCAUUCAACGGCCCAAUCACGGCAUAUCCACCACCAGCCUACCAAACAGCCUGCAUGAGAUGGCAGACACAUUGGGUCAAAAGCGACCCAAUCCCAAACCAGUUUCUGUGCCGUAUCUAAGUCCACUGGUUUUGCGUAAAGAACUGGAGUCACUAUUGGAGAACGAGGGGGAUCAGGUAAUCUAUACCCAAAAGUUUCUUAGUCAGCAUCCCAUCAUCUUCUGGAAUCUGGUGUGGUAUUUUCGGCGUUUGGAUCUACCCAGCAUCCUGCCUGGACUCAUUUUGACCUCAGAACACUGCAACAAUGGAGUUCAGCUGCCACAAACAUCUCUGUCUCAGGACAGUAAACAGGUGUAUGUUCAACUGUUGUGGGACAAUGUGAACUUACAUCAGGAGCCCACUGAGCCUCUCUAUCAGCUCUGGAGGACCUUCUUGCAGAGAAGGGGAACUCUAGCCCCUACUGACCACCAGGAGACGCGGACUCUGUUAAAUGGCAUUGUUCGCAACAUUCAGACGAAUGACGUUUACAGCCCCAUCAACAUGCUACUCCGAGAGAUCAAGAAACGGCCAGAUGCUAAACGCCAGAGGAGUAUCUAUAGGGAAAUUUUGUUCCUGUCACUUGUUGCCUUGGGAAAGGAGAACAUUGACGUUGAGGCCUUUGAUCGUGAAUACAGUCUUGCAUACAAUGAGCUCAGCGCAGAGCAGCUUAAAGCUUUGUCCCCCAUCGACAGACCACCCAGCAUCAAUGUGCAGUGGUGUCUGAAGUGCUUCGGAGCUCCGUUUAUCUAAUCUGUGACUGUAAAAGCUCUGAAGGAAUGGAAUAGAUGAUGUUUCGUGAAGGACGAGCUCUUGAACAGUUAUUGCCUUUGUUUGCACCAUCCCCAAAAUGGUACUUUUUGAUCAUCUACCAGAAUAAAAAUGUAUUGGGCUCCUUUACUCUGGAAUUCCUAAGAGUGUCAUGGCUCCAGCUAUACAGCGGGUCGACUUGUUUUCCUGCAUCGGGCUUUGGAUGUUGAACACUGCCGUUUGUGUGCGAGCCCUUUCCAGACUGCCGUCGAGCACAGGAUGAACUCUAUGGAUGGCAAACGGAUCUUCUCACUGUAAGACUUGGAAAGUUUCUCGAUUCUGCCCUAAGCCGCCUACCUGUGGAAGAAGACUUGUAGAUAUGGAGUGUCUUACUAUGAUCUUAUGCGAUGUGCACUUUCAGAAAUGGUUGCUUUGUCCUUCUUCAUUGUUGCAUUGUGUUUUUAUAUACCUGUAUAUUUUUCUAUAAUGGGAUAUUCGAACUCGGUUGCCUUUCUUAACACGAGGGAUCUUUGUUUAGAUGUCUGUGGAGUCUUAAACAUCAAUCCCCUCGAGUUUAACCUGGGUCUUGAGCGUAACAGUGCGAGGCGAGAGGUUUGUGUGUGUGCGUGAGGGUGUAUGCGUGUUCAUUGGCUACACCACCUUAAAAUUAUAUACUGUGACAACAGACAAUCAGAUGAAUAACAUUCCAGAACGCAUCUCAUUAAAGAGAGUGUAAAAUAAGGAUGAAUGAUGAUAAAGUGAUAAACUAUUGAGUAUUUUUUUCUUAAACGUACAUAUUUUUAGAUCUGAAUGGGGCAAAUGAGGUAUUAGGCAAAAAAUGAAUUGGGAAUUAACUCCUUAAUAGUCCAUUCAUACACGCUCAUACUUGAUUUUCUUAAAUGCACAUACUGUAGUUGUGAAAUGAUUCAAUGAUAACAGUUGAUAAUCUCUUCACACGCAUAUGUAUAAAUUGCUCUUUAACAUCAAAAAAGGAAACGUCCAUAGAACCUCACAUGAACAAGAAUGUAUCUCAUUUUUUUAACUUGCUUUUUAGAUGAGUUUAGUCUUACAACAUACUAUUAGUGUCUGAAAAACAAAAAAAAACAGUCUUAAACUCUAUCUUUCAGUCCUAUUGUACAAGUGAAUCCAAAGGAUGUAUAAACCUUUCAGUUGCUGUCAUUAGUAAAUGAAUCAUUGAAGAAAUUAAAAGAGUCAUUGUGCCUUGUUAUCAAGUCUCAAGGUAGGAUUAAUAGAAUUUGUAAAAUUUAAGAUUAUUUACUACUAAUAAAUUAACAUGAUAGAGUGCAAUUGGUCUGCCUUAAUUUAUUUAUCAUUUUUUUCCACAGUCUUACUAAUUUUAUUUUAAGCAAAACGUGUAUUUUCAUAUACAUGAUAACAAAAUGCAACAAACAUUGGUGCCCACAUGUUAAGUAUAUAAAGCAUUAUCAAAUUUC